CUGUUUUGGGGACAUUAAGAGAGUAAACUCGGACAGGAACUCAGCUGAACGAUAGUCAUACUAUUUUGAAACUUCUGGGAUCCCAGCAUUGUUCUCCUUUGACCGCUCCACUAAGGUUGUGUUGAAGCCCGAAAAAAGUUGUCAUUAUGGUGCUAAUGAUACUGCCAUUCAUUGGAUCAGUGUCGGUAUCUGAGGGUUUGGUGGCCAUGACAACAGUGUGUCUGGUCUACCUGAUUCUCAAGUUUUUCCACACUGAGAUUCCGGAGGGGCUUCGUCGGCUCCCAGGACCAAAACCCCUGCCUAUCAUUGGGAAUGUGCUGGAGGUGGGCAGCAAACCUUACCUGAGUCUCACUGCUAUGAGCAAGCAAUACGGUGACGUCUUCCAGAUCCAGAUCGGCAUGCGUCCUGUGGUUGUGCUGAGUGGCAGUGAAACUGUUCGACAGGCUCUCAUCAAGCAAGGUGACGAGUUUGCAGGUAGGCCUGACCUGUACAGCUUCCGCUUCAUCAACGAUGGACAGAGUCUGGCCUUCAGUACAGACCAGGCUGGUGUCUGGCGUGCCCGCAGAAAGCUGGCCUACAGUGCUCUGCGCUCCUUCUCCACCCUGGAGGGCACAACCCCAGAAUACUCCUGCAUGCUGGAGGAACACAUCUGCAAAGAGGGAGAGUAUCUGAUCAAACAGCUCAACACUGUCAUGCAGUCUGACGGCAGCUUCGAUCCAUUCCGCUACAUUGUUGUCUCUGUGGCUAACGUGAUCUGUGGAAUGUGCUUUGGCCGACGUUACGACCACAAUGAUCAGGAGCUUCUCAGCUUGGUGAACCUCAGUGAUGAGUUUGGCCAGGUGGUGGGCAGCGGCAACCCUGCAGACUUCAUCCCCAUUCUUCAAUUCCUGCCGAGCUCAACAAUGAAGAAGUUUGUGAGCAUCAAUGCCCGCUUCAACAAGUUUGUGCAAAGGAUCGUCAGCGAGCACUAUGCCACCUAUGACAAGGACAACAUCCGUGACAUCACUGACUCCCUCAUUGAUCACUGUGAGGACAGGAAGCUGGAUGAGAACUCCAAUAUCCAGAUGUCAGAUGAGAAAAUCGUAGGAAUUGUCAACGACUUGUUUGGAGCUGGCUUUGACACCAUUUCCACCGCCCUGUCAUGGUCAGUGAUGUACUUGGUCGCUUACCCAGAGAUGCAGAAGAGGCUUUAUCAAGAACUGAAGGACAAAGUGGGUCUGGACCGCACUCCUCUUCUCUCUGAUAAACCCAACUUACCUUUCCUGGAGGCCUUCAUCCUGGAAAUUUUCCGCCACUCUUCGUUCCUUCCCUUCACCAUCCCACACUGCACCUCAAAAGACACAUCUCUGAAUGGCUACUUCAUUCCCAAAGACACAUGUGUCUUCAUCAAUCAGUGGCAGAUCAACCAUGAUCCUGAGCUGUGGAAAGAUCCAUCCUCCUUCAACCCAGAUCGCUUCCUGAGCGCUGAUGGCACUGAGCUCAACAAGAUUGAAGGGGAGAAGGUGAUGGUUUUUGGCCUGGGAAAGCGGCGCUGCAUCGGCGAGGUCAUCGCACGAAAUGAAGUCUACCUCUUCUUGGCAAUCAUUAUCCAGAAGCUGCACUUCCACACGAUGCCUGGAGAGCCACUGGACAUGACACCUGAAUAUGGUCUCACAAUGAAGCACAAGCGCUGCCACCUGAGAGCCACGAUGAGAAUGAGGAAUGAGCAGUGAAGUUUUAUGCCAUGCACAAUGUUUGACUCAACAGCUGGUAUAAGUUGACUUUAGCACUGCAAGGGUCAGAUUAACAGUCAGUGGAAGAAACAUUUUUCUCAGAAUGUAAGGCUCUAGAGGCAGAAUUUGAUCUACAGAGCUAACGGCAUAGAAGCAAAUAAGUAAAAUUUGCUUGUUGCAGACUGGCAAAGGUGUGUUUGUAUGAACAUAUCUCUGUCAUGCUUCUGGUUCUCUCUUUUGACUCUCUAAGAGAUAUUUCUGCACAUGGUUGAUGCUUCUCAGUGAAGUAUAAGGAGAUACUUGUGCUGUCCAGUAAUCUAAAUUGCUCCCAUAAAGAAGUUGUAAAAUACUCAGAAAUUAAGUUGCCUUGUUCAACUUUGGGACAAACAGAAUGUUAUACUGGAUAGGCACAAUAAUUUAGGCCAUUGCAACCUGUUUUUUCUGUAACACAGAACAGAUAUUACCAUAUGAUACCAUUUAUACUUGUAAGCUAAUAUUUUUUUAUUCCAUUACAAUGUGGAUGUAAAACAUUGAAGAUAUAUUUGUAUCCCAAAAUGUGAUUUUGUAAGUAUAUCAAGUUCUUUUAUUUUAUAAAGUCAUUUUUAUGUGCCUAGUGUUUGUAUAUAUUUGAGGUGAAAUAGUUUUGCUGUGCAUCUAUAUGAGUGAUUUCUGGAAUAUAAUAGUAAGCUAUACAAUUUUGUAUUUCUGUCUCUAAUGUAUCAAUGAUUGUAUAACAUGUAAGGGCUUAUGAUUGGAGCAUCCUUUAAUCAGCCACACAAAUGAAAUAAAAAAAUAUGUUAACGAUC